GUGAUAUGGAGAAAAAUAAAGGUUCUAGAAGGUUCGAUAGUGAUUUUUCAGUAGAUAAGAACGUUUCAGCCAUUGAACUUAGUGAAUCCAAGUAUGGAGGAGGAUGCUCGAGCCAUGAUUUUCAAGAGAGUCUUAGGGAUAGCCUUAAGACUCCUCUAAUACCCACUCAAGAGAGAAGGGAGAGUAAUGAAGAUUUUACUAAUCACCAAGAUUGAGAAUGCUUGUAUAACCAAAAAUACAAUGAAAACCCUUUAUCCUCUAAGCUACCUAGUAAACCAUUCAUCGGAACUUAUGAAGAAGCAGAUGAGUACCUCAAGGAUAACCCUGAAAUCCGGACUGGCUACAGGAUAGGCUACAGUGACUUCUGAAUCAUCAUGAGGUCACUAUUCAUAUGUCAUAAUGAAACGGUUAACAUCUGGACUCAUCUCCUUGGCUUCCUAGGAUUCUUCUGAAUUAUUUUCUACAUAGCCAUUGGCCUUGAGGCCACUACACUUCCAUCCUCGCUCCUACAAUUAUUCAAAGAUGAUCUCCUGAGCAAUAUCAAUGAACCAGAUCAAAGGAGUCACACAGUCAGUAAAGUUCCCUUAGGCAUUCACAUUAUCUGAGCAAUGAUCUGCUUCUUCCUCAGCUCGACGUUUCAUUUGUUCAAUUGACACUCUGAAAAUGCACAAAAUGUCCUUUCAAGGUUUGAUUAUGGUGGAAUUGCGGUGAUGAUAGCAGGCUCAAGCACUCCUAUCUACAUUUAUUUAUUCUGGUGUCCUCAAGUCUCUAUUUUUGGAUAUACAUACACAUUCAGUAUGGUAGCUGGAUGUUCCAUAGCAUUUGGUGUAAGCCUCAUUCCAAAAUUUGAUGCACCGGAGUACAGGUUUUGAAGAGCAAUCUUAUUUAUGGUAGUCGGAUUAUCAAGUGCCAUCCCAGCUAUUCAUAUUAUUGGCUUCAGAGAUAGGAGAUAUAUACCUGCUCCACCUAUGUCUCUACUAAUUCUGGGAGGAGCGAUUUAUAUCCUGGGGGCUCUAAUUUAUAGUUCAAGAUUUCCAGAAAGAUUUAACAAGGAUAAGAAGAGAAGAUGAAACUUUGACUACAUUGGAAACUCUCACAACAUCUGGCAUUGAUUUGUCUUGGCAGGAGCAGGAGUUCAUUUCGCUGCUUCAGUCAUAAUGUUCAAAACUUGCCUAUCUCAUCAAUGACCAGCUUAACAAUCUUUCAACCUAAU